UAAAGUCAACCUGAAGCAACCCUUCGGGCUGUAAAGCAGCCACGUGGAGCCUUUGCUUCUGGGGGUGGCGGCGGCGGCGGCCGUGGCGACUUCCUGCUUCAUUUUAGCAAGCUGGGCUGAAUAUUAGCAAGGAAGAAGAGAGCGGUGGAAAAAAGGGGGGGAGUGAAGACUCAACACGGGAGAUACAAAGAGAACAGGAAAAACCAGAAAGCGGGGCGUGUUGGAGGGGGAGAGAGAAAAGAGGUUCUUUAAAAAAAAGAAAAAGUUUUUGGGGGGGUUUGCAAGGAGAGAGUAGAGCGAGCAGCAGGAGUCGAGGAAGGGGAGGAGGCGGCGGCGGCAGCAGCAGCUCGAAAAAGGCUGAGGGGAGGAGUGAGGAGAAGCGAAGCUGCAGGGAGGGAGCGCGAGUGCGAGCGAGGCUCGGCGCCAGGCGCCUGCUGCCUCGGAGAGAGAAAGAGAGAAGGAGAAAGGCGGCAGUACAGUAGUGAAAGAGGGAGGAGGAGGAGGGGAGGGAGGGAAGCCACGCAGAGCGCAGCUCGGCACAAGUGAGGAGCAACAACAGCAGUCGCCGGGAGGGGGUGGGAACGGCAGCGAGGAGCCCGGCGGCUUCGGCGGCGGCUUCGGGGAGCUCGUCGGGGGGCUGGCGCUGAGGAUGCGGCUGAAGCUGGGCUUCCUCUUGCGCGCGGUGCUGCUGCUCGGCUCCUUCCUGGGGCUGCUGCUGCUCUGGUCGUCGCUCUCGCCCCGCGCCGAAGACCCCAGCCCGGGGGACAGGAUCCGGGAUAACAAGGAAAACAGCAAUCUUUUGCCAAACAAUGGAGACCAUGGCCUGGUUCCUGGAAAUGACAAAUUCAAGCCUGUGUUACCCUGGCCUCACGUCGAAGGUGUGGAAGUAGACUUGGAAUCAAUUCGGCGGAGGAAUAAGGCCAAAAAUGAAGGGAAUCCUCUUGGUGGCAAUAAUGAUCAGCAGAACAUCAUGCAGCGACAGUAUCUCACAUUUAAGCCACAGACACUGAUCUACCGUGAUCCCGUAUUACGACCUGGAAUUCUUGGUAAUUUUGAACCCAAAGAACCUGAGCCUCAUGGAGUUGUCGGUGGUCCUGGUGAGGAAGCCAAGCCAUAUGUUUUAGGACCAGAGUAUAAAGAAUCUGUUCAAAGCAGCAUUAAGGAGUUUGGGUUUAACAUGGUAGCAAGUGAUAUGAUCUCACUAGAUCGAAGCAUUAAUGACUUGCGUCAAGAAGAGUGCAAGUACUGGCAUUAUGAUGAAAACCUGCUCACCUCCAGCGUUAUCAUUGUCUUCCAUAAUGAGGGGUGGUCCACACUCAUGAGGACAGUUCACAGUGUAAUUAAAAGAACUCCAAGGAAAUACCUGGCUGAAAUUGUAUUAAUUGAUGACUUUAGUAAUAAAGCACACUUAAAAGAAAGACUAGAGGAUUAUAUUAAGCAGUGGAAUGGCCUUGUAAAGAUUUUUCGAAAUGAAAGGAGAGAAGGUUUAAUUCAAGCUAGAAGCAUUGGAGCCCAGAAGGCUAAACUUGGACAGGUUUUAAUUUACCUUGAUGCCCACUGUGAGGUGGCAGUAAACUGGUAUGCAGCACUAAUUGCUCCUAUAGCUAAAGACAGAACUACAUGCACUGUGCCUCUAAUAGAUUACAUAGAUGGGAAUGACUAUUCCAUUGAACCACAGCAAGGUGGGGAUGAAGAUGGCUUUGCCAGAGGGGCCUGGGACUGGAGCUUGCUAUGGAAGCGUAUUCCAUUAAGCCACAAGGAAAAGGCAAAAAGAAAAUAUAAAACUGAGCCAUAUCGGUCACCUGCAAUGGCUGGUGGAUUAUUUGCCAUCGAACGUGAUUUCUUUUUUGAGCUGGGUCUCUAUGAUCCAGGUCUACAAAUCUGGGGUGGUGAAAACUUUGAAAUAUCUUACAAGAUUUGGCAAUGUGGAGGGAGGCUUCUGUUUGUGCCUUGUUCUCGUGUUGGACACAUUUAUCGUCUCCAGGGAUGGCAAGGGAAUCCACCUCCAGCAUAUGUUGGAUCAUCUCCUACUUUAAAGAACUACGUCCGAGUUGUGGAGGUCUGGUGGGAUGAAUACAAAGAUUACUUCUAUGCUAGUCGUCCUGAGACAAAAGCACUAGCAUACGGUGAUAUAUCUGACCUGAAGAAAUUUCGUGAAGAUCACAAGUGCAAAAGUUUUAAGUGGUUUAUGGAAGAAAUAGCUUAUGAUAUAACUUCUCACUAUCCUUUACCACCUAAAAAUCUGGAGUGGGGAGAGAUCAGAGGCUUUGAAACUGCUUACUGCAUAGACAGCAUGGGGCAUUCCAAUGGGGGCUUUGUGGAACUUGGACCAUGUCACAGAAUGGGAGGAAAUCAAUUGUUCAGAAUUAAUGAAGCCAACCAGCUCAUGCAGUAUGACCAGUGCUUGAGUAAAGGACCUGAUGGCACCAAAGUUAUGAUUACACACUGCAAUCUAAAUGAAUACAAGGAGUGGCAGUACUUCAAGAAUCUACAUAGAUUUACCCAUAUCCCUUCAGGAAAAUGUUUGGACCGUUCAGAAGUUCUACACCAAGUGUUUAUUUCAGAGUGCGACUCAAAUAAAGCAACACAAAAAUGGGAAAUGAACAAUAUCCUUAAUGUGUAGACAAAAUAAGCCCAGACCUACCUAUGACAAGUUGAAUUCAUAUAGGACUGAAGAUAGCCUGAAAACUGCUGCAACUAUUAACUUCGUACAGCUGCGAGCCUGGAACCUCUUGAUCUAGAUGAAGGACGUAGAUGGACAGUGAUAGAUUUAUCAACUUGCAGUUGAUGUUUACAAAAACUGCUCUUACCUUAAACUUUAAUAGAUGUUUACAUCUCUCUUUUUUGUUUCGUUUUUAGGAUGUUUUUGUUUUAUGGUGCGUUAGUUAAUAACUGAAUGUGCUUUUGACUUUGUUUCUCUUUUACUAGGAGCAAAGCUAAAAGCACCAACUUGGAUCUGUAGCGGGAAGUUGUUUGCAGUCAUGCAAAGGGUGCUUUUCUGCACCAUCUUCUGGUGACAGCCUCCACCCCAAAAGCCCCUCCUGAUGGCUGGAGGAACUUCUGGAAUGGCUUUUUGAGUGGCAUAAAGGGCUGCGAAUUGGCAGCUUCCCAUGUGUGCAUAAGUGCCAUCCACUUGCGCACAGGCAGGGGAAUUGGAUCCAAGCAUGUUGUUGUCUUCUUUGGGAUUACACUCAGGGGUCUGCAGGCAGUUUUUAUUUUUUUAAACACUCACACUUGAAAAAGGUUGGAGUAACCAGACUUUGCUAUAACGUGGUGAUUAUCAACCUGUUGUACGUUGUUUUGAUUUUACAUCUUACCAAGCACUGCCACAGGUUUUUUAGCCAGGGUGGCCUUCUUUCACAGUCAUGCUGCUUUUUUGAAAGGUGAAUUUUCAAUGUAUUUAGUGCCUCUUUAAUUUUUCCUCUGUAGUUCACAAGAAGAAGAAAAAUCAUCAUAGAACAAGUUAGUCAAAGUGUCUCCUUUUUUAAAAUAGGGAUGAGUUGGUAAAGCUCUUGUGGUUUAAGAUAUUGCCAAAUUUACAAUAACACUCCUUAUUUCAUAUGGUUAAGGGCAACAAAUUGAGACACAAGUCAUAACAGGGAUACUGUGAGAGGAACCUGAAAUAGUGAUGCUAAAGCUUCACUGGAACCUUUGGAAAGAAGGUUGUAGUUAGUAUAUACUUAGUAGCACUUAAAUCCAUGAGCCACUUGCGUAAAAUAGCAUUGAAGUAGCUUACAUCUUCUGUGUUACAGUAUAUAGCUGAAACUGAAAUUUAGCACUAAGUGAUGCAUUCAGUGGAAGUGAGCACUCCAAAUUGCAACUAAAAAAAAUUCAAGCACUAACUUCCCUGCUGUAUCAUGCCUUACGAAACUUCUGUAUAUGUCAAAAUUGAAAUAUGUGUACAUCUGCACAAUGUAGAACAGUAAAAUUGAUCCAAUUCACUUUCCUUGUGAUAAAUGGGAAUCUCAGAAGAACUGGAUUAAAAAAAAAGAAAUCAAAAUUAUUUUACAAGCACUCGGCAUGUAAAGGGAUAUUGUCAACUAGCUAAAGAUCCAUAUAUAGAUUAGAAAUGAGCAAAUGGGAAUUGAAGGUGAAUUCAAAGGCUCUCUUCCUUCCUCCAAAGAAUUAGAAUGUUUAAACUUCAGGAUUGUGUUAUGACUCCAAAUUAUAUAAUGACGCCAUGGCAUGAACAGAAAAUGGAAAGUAAAGAUACUGAAAAGAUAAAAACUAAGGGAAAGUUUCUUAAAACAUUUGUGCUGAAUAUUACCCUAAACAUGGCGUGGGGGGGGAGAUAAUAAAUGAUACCUGCUUCAAUAUUUAAUCCAAUUCAAAGGCAGAGAUACUAAGAGGUUUGGUAUUAGUUUCUGGCCCCUUCUGUACAGUUAGGCACAUCUAAAUUCUACUGAAAUCAGCUAGGUUCAUAUGCAUGUGACUCUGCAGGAUUUUUAGCUCAAAAUUAAACUCGAUGAUUUGAUUAAACUCCCAUAGUAUUAACUCCUUGAUCUUCACUCAAGCAACUCCUAAAAGUGAGCAGUGGAGAUGCUUCAGUUACAAGGCCAAAUCUUAGUUUAGGUGUAGCUUAGUGUUCUGUUAUAACAUUUAGUAAACCCAAAAUUCUGGCCUUAACAAAGGCCUGCUACAUAUAGUUUGGAAUCUUUAAUUAUUUCUUUGGUGUUGAUCUUUUGGGCCUCCUCUGAAAGGUGUGAAUAAUUAAAUUAGAAAAUGGAGGAAGAAAUAAAAAGGAUAAUAAGGGUGUGGGUACAUUUUAUUGUUUGUAUGUAUGAAAACAGAUUUUCAUUUUCUUUGUUGGACAGAGGUUAAUUUAAUCACAUUACUAUGCAUAAAUGAAAGAUUGCACAUCGAUUGUAUAGGAGCGUGUGUUUAUCAAAUGGGUAUUGUGUGCAAUUACAUUAAAAUCCAAUACUGUAUGUGAAUAUGGAUCUGUAUUUUUAAACUCCAAAUCUUACAAAACAACAUAAGCUGUUACUCCUAAUGACUUUUCCUACUGUAACCUGCUUUUUGAAAAGUAGAUUCCAUAUCCUUGCUUUGUAAGUUGAUCACUAUGCAUUUCUACACAUUUUAUAAAUUUGAUUUAUGCAGAUUUUGAUACACUGUAUGUUUCUGUAAAGACUGUAUAAAUCUUCAAAAGUUUUAAUAGGGAUGAAACUUGGGUAUCUUGUGUAUAUCUUAAUUCUGGGUUGCUUGUUUUUUAGGUGAAGAAAAUAAAUUAUAACUUGUGGGUUUAUUAUA